GUUCAUCUUAGACCAGCCAAGCGCAUCUGGGCCGAGGUGGCAGCGACUGCGGCAGAGAGCGCUGCCCCUUGUCACCCGCUGCCGGCACACCCCGGCUGCGUUACGGAGCGCCGGCCGGAAUCCCAGACAGCGAGGGAAGGCGCCCGCCCCGCACUUCGCCGCUCUCCGCCGGGAUUCGCCCGCAACACCCGCCGGGACAGCGACACCGCCGCGGCCGCAUCCACGCCAUGGCGCUCGCAAGGCAAGUGCUUUGUGUGUCUGCUUUCCUGUGGCUGCCGCUCGCUCGCGCCGAGCCCAUCCGCUACUCCGUAGCCGAGGAGGCGGAAAGCGGCUCCGUGGUGGGCGAGCUGGCGGAGGAUGCGGGGCUGACGCCGGCGCAGCUCUCGGCUCGCCGCGCCCGCCUGGUCUCGGAGGACGGCCGGCAGCAUUUUCGCUUAGAGCGCGCCUCGGGCCGCCUCGUCGUGGCGGGCAGGCUGGAUCGGGAGGAGCUGUGCGCCCAGUCGGCCACCUGCAUGCUCCCCUUCGAGCUACUCCUCUCCAAACCCCUCCAGUUCUUUCGGGUCGAGGUGUUUGUGAAGGAUAUCAAUGACCAUUCGCCUCUUUUCCGGGAAGAUCGAGUCAGCUUUAAGAUCACAGAAACUAGCGACCCAGGUUCUCGUUUCCCUCUUGAGGUAGCUCAGGACCUCGAUAUUGGCAGCAACACAGUCCAGGCAUACUGUAUUUUUCCCAACAAGGAGUACUUUAGUGUCUCUUAUGGAAGUCGGAAUAAUGGUGACAAAUAUCUUGAACUUGUUCUGGAAAAGCCACUGGACAGAGAGGAGCAGGCAGAGAUGGGUUUCCGUGUUGUUGCGGUAGAUGGAGGCUCUCCUCCUAGAAGCGGAACCAUCGAGGUCUCUGUUAUCAUUCUAGAUGCAAAUGACAAUGCUCCCAUAUUCACGCAAGAGGGUUAUAGUGGGAAGGUUCUGGAAAACCUGCCAGAAGGCUCUGUGGUUCUGACUGUGCUGGCAACUGAUCAGGAUGCCGGAACUAAUGGGGACAUCUCCUAUCAACUAAAUGAAGUGGUUGGUCAGAGGGAUUCAGCAUUUGUGAUGGAUUCCAGAACUGGUGAAAUUAAAAUCACAAAACCUCUGGACUUUGAGGCAGCACAAACUCAUGAGCUGAUUGUGAGAGCUACAGAUGGAGGGGGCCUCUCAGCAAUCUGCAAGGUGUUGGUGGAGGUGGUGGAUGUGAAUGACAACGCCCCAGAGCUGGUGGUCAGUUCCUUCAGCAGUCCCCUCCCCGAGAACACGGUGCCCGGCACGGUGGUUGCCCUGUUCACGGUCAGGGACCGGGAUUCUGGUGCCAACGGGAAGAUCACCUGUGCCCUGGAGGAUCAGCUCUUCUUCUCCCUGCGGCCAGCCUAUAAGAAUUACUAGGAGCUGGUGACAGUGAGCGCGCUGGACCGCGAGGAGACGCCUCAGUACGUGCUCAGGGUGACGGCAGCAGAUGCGGGCUCGCCUCCUCUCACAAGCACGCACACCUUCACCGUGGACAUCUCGGACGUCAAUGACAAUGCACCCGUCUUCAACCAGACCUCCUACACCAUGUACGUGCGUGAGAACAACGUCGGCACGGUGUUUGUAGGAGCCGUGAGCGCUGCAGAUGCUGACGUGGGGCUGAACGCCAAGGUGAGCUAUUCGCUGGCACCAGAGCAAGGGCCAGAGCGGGCCCGGUGCUCCUGCAUCUCGGUGAACUCGGAGAACGGGCACGUGUUUGUGCUGCGGCCCCUGGACUACGAGCACUUGAGGCAGAGCGAGGUGACGGUCAGUGCCUCUGACGCGGGCUCUCCUCCCCUCAGAGCCAACGUCACCGUCCGCCUUGUGGUGCUGGACGAGAACGACAACGCACCGCUCGUGCUCUACCCGGCCCAGGAGAGCAGCCCGGCCUCCAGCGAGCUGGUGCCCAUGUCGGCCGAGGCGGGCUACCUCAUCAGCAAAGUGGUGGCCGUCGAUGCCGACUCGGGACAGAACUCCUGGCUCUCCUACCACCUGCUGAGGGCCACCGACCCGGGGCUCUUCUCCGUGGGCCUGCAGAGCGGCGAGGUGCGUCUGAGGAGGCCGGUGACAGAGAGAGACGGCGUCAAGCAGAAGCUCCUUGUGCUGGUCAGAGACAACGGCCAGCCCCCGCUCUCAGCCACGGCAGCUCUGAGUGCUCUCCUGCUCAAGGACUUCUCUGACGUGCGCCUCCCGCACGCCAGCCCACCCACCGAGGAUCAGGACGCCUCCCUGACCACCUACUUAAUUCUUGCCUUGGUCUUUGUCUCCCUUCUCUUCCUCAUCUCCACCGCAGUCCUGCUGGCUCGCAAGGUGUGCAGGAGGAAGGAGCUGAAGGCCGGCCAUGUGCUCUAUGCUGCCGACACCUUGCAGAGCGGCCUGGCCAAUGCAGCCGCCACAGGGACCCUGCCCCGCCCCUAUUGCUACGAGAUCAGCCUGACAACGGGCUCGGGCAACAGCGAGUUCAGAUUCCUCAAGCCCAUCCUGCCCAGCCUGCCCCCACAGCACUGCGCCGAGGGCCAGGGCCCCGAUGAGGAACAGGAUUUCCCCGCUGUCCCUGUCAGCACUGAGGACAUGGCCCCAGACAAUGCUGGCACUCUCUCUGCAGGACAGUUCAAUGCUCUUUCCUUCAACUAGCUGGGGCCUGCUCAGACAGAGGCUUCAUGGCCCAUGUGGGGAGCGUAUCCAGUCUGCAGCUAGUGGCAAUGGUUCUGCCAGAGAAAAUUUUUUCACAAUUGUCAAGGUCAUUUUCUGCCAAUUCUUAAUCAGAGUAAAAUUUGUUUUCUUCUCCAACAAUGCCAAUAAGAAUAAAUAGAUAUUCAAAUUCACUCCUUCACACAGUGGUAUACUAGACCCGAUUCACAACCAUUUCUGAUAGUUUUUAAUAACACUCUCCCGUCUAUGUUUUUGUGUCUCUUGCUUUCAGAGCUGACUUUUGACUUCUUAUUUUUUGUUAUAGCUCAUUGUCAAUGUUGCGUAGAUGAAUUUCAGGCUUGCUGAUAUGACACAUAGCUCUUUUCCUAGAAAAGUGAGGUAGUUCUGAAUUUUGUUUCAUGAUGUUCUACUAGCAUGGGCCUUUUUCUCUCUGCGGUUCUGGAUGUCUCUGUCUGAGAUGUGUGGGCUCUGUCUGUUACACUUUCUUCCCAGUAGGUCUGUCUGUAUGGCCAUUGUGCAUCUGCAGAUGCUUCAUUAGUGCUGCCCACUGAAUUUCUGAACUUGUUCCAUCUACCCACUGCAAUGAAGGCAAUUCCAGCUCUGCAUGAAAGUAGACUGGGGUUUUGAUCCUACCAGAACGGAGCAGAGCACUCCAAAACACAGCAGAGCAGCAAAAUGCGCAAUGGUCUCUUUCUUUGUCUUAUAUAAGUAGGUUUCGUGUUCUGUCUCCUUGGAACUGCCUUGGAAAUAUGGCAAUGUCACAUUAACCUGUGCUUGGACAGGCUAUAACUAUAUAGAGCCAUUAAAAAUUAUUCACUAUCUUUGUGGGCAUGAUAAUUCCACAUGUCCAUCAAAGAAAUUUCUGAGGGUAAAAUCAAGAACUUGAAAGUUUGAAAGCAACUGGAAAAAAGUACUUUGAGUUUCAUUUCCUCAUUCUUUUUACAGAAUCCUAUAUUUUACUUUAGGACUAGAAAUCUGUCCACAAAUUACUUUCUCCAUAUGUGUUAGAGCAUUUGCAUUCUCCUUUUUUCCCUUUACCCUGCUCUCAGAGCUGUGUUUGAGCAUUACCUUCCCUGUUCCUCUAGAGAACUGCCACCACAUCUAGAAUAAGUGACUGUUUGAAUGAUGUCUGUGAUGCAUGAAAUACUUGGAAAGCUUGUCACACACUCUGCGGUGUGCUGAAGUUGUAUAGUUUAACGACGUAAAUUGGUAUGACUCUGGGUUUAGAAACUGAAAAUUUUGUCAGACUGAAAUAAAGACAGCAG